CUUGAGCUUGGCUGCUGCUAUCAUCGACUUCAUUUCAAGCACUUUGGUUUCUGAUAUCGCAAUUGUUACCGCUUCAGCAUCCAGGGUAUCCCUCCUGCACCCACAAAAAACUGCCCAAGCAAAAACCAAUGCCGGAGCCCGUUUCCUGCCAGAAAUAGAGUACCUUGGUUCUUAACACUCACACCGCUGAUAUCAGGCUCACCAAGAUAGCGAUUACGUACCGAUCUCGGACCACCGACAUCCUACAAUCCCACGAACCCCCGGCACCCUUCCCCUCGUCAGCACUCGGCCGACGGCAGACAGAACCAAAAUUUAUGCGACCUUUCUGAGAAGCAGAUUUGGACGUGAAGCAGCUACGAGGAGUUCAUGCGAAGCUCCUCUCAUCAGCUGUCCCUUGACAAAACGCCGAACACCUGACCUCCAUAGGUAUUAAGCACUACUUUUUGCCCAACGACGAGUCCACCGAACAGCCUACUGGGCCCGCACGACCCCAACUAUAGACCACGCAUUUUGAUAUAGAAUACUUUGUGUCAUCCUCCCGGAUUUUCCUUCCAGCAGUCGGAAAGCGAACUUUGAGGAACUCUUCCUGUCACUGUUGAGGCAACCCAUUUCAGACUUAAUCGUAUCGAAACACUGGCUGCGGGGACAAGCAAUCGAUAGCAACGUCUGAUAGCACAAGCCCAGACCGACAUUACGAUCAGCUUCACCCUGCUCGGUCAUAACCGCAACUCCAGACUCCCAAAGCGCGCAAUCUCGCGCGCAGAUAGUCUUCCAAAAUGGCGUCGUACACACCGCGCCAUUCCCGGCAUCCAUCUCUCGACCUCAGCCAAACCACUUCGUACUCUCCCUCCCGCGAGCGCCGCCAGUCCAAAGCCUCCUCCUUCGCCGACCGCCCCGGGACACCCCUCCGUAACGGUUUCGCCUCGUCUGAUAUGGAUUUGGGAAUGAUGAACGGUGAUGGCGGCGGCAACGGCCUUGGCAACCUGGCCGACGAGUUGGCCGGGCUUGACGAUGACUACGAUGACUAUGACGACUACGACGAGGAUGUCCCGGAGGGAGAGUACGACGACGACAACGAGCUACAGAAAAGCCAGAUAACCACCCGCGGAAACAGCCCACACAAAACACCGGGAACUAAUUUCGAGGAUACGGAUGACACAGACCUGGACCAGAAAGGUGGCCAGCAGGUGCGGGAUAGCGGUGUCGAUAUAGAGCACAGCCCAUCACGAGGAAGCAGUCUCCCACACAGGUUGAGGAAUAACAGUCUGGGCGUACCCUCGCCCAGCGGGAAGCACGGGCACAGGAGAAAAGGCAGCGCAUAUGACGGCAGUGAAUAUGGCAGCGAGAGCGACCUCGACAAUGGCGGGAUGCCACCACGCUUAAUAGAGAAAAUGGAUGAGGUGGAAAGUCUGGCGAGACGGGGGACAGAGAAGACGGGAGGGCCGUUGGAUGGGACAUUUCAGAGGGUUACUGAAGGGCUGCGGGAUUUGGGCAGUCAAGCGGGUGUGGAGGGUGGUGCCACUAGGUUAAUAACCGCCCAUUCGGCUGUGACAACUCACCUGAGCCAUCAAAACAGACAAAUGCACAACCUCUCCUUCCCGCUCUUGUCGCCCCUGGUAGCACCACCAGAUCCGGAGGCUAUCGAAGAGCUGUUGCCGAUGCUCAUCAGUCUUUCGGAACUCAUGCCGCGGCCUUCGACAACCGCUCUCCAGUCAUUAUCCUCGCUUCACAGCCUGACGACGGAUCUGGUGAAUACGCUCAACUAUCUGAGCGACACGAUUCACAUGUCAAGGCAAACCACCAAUAUUGCCACAAGAAGGUUAAAGUCGGCAAAAGAUCUCGUGGCGGAGAUCAAGCAUGAUGAGGAGCUGAGAGAGGAAGGGGAGAGGUGGCUAGCAAAGGGGAAGUGGGGUGAGAGAUUAGAGCGAAGGGAAUGUGCGAAUGUGUGUGGUGAAGUAGUGGGCGGGUUUGAGAAGGUAUGUGAAGGCUGGAGGGAGAGGUUGGUGGAGUUGGCCAGAGCAGAAGAGAUGGGUCAAGCUUAAAUUUGAGGCAAGAUUCUGACAUGUUUGCGGUGUUGUUGUGUUUGUUUAAGGGAAGACAUUUCACGGGAGGGGGAGGGGAGGGUUGGUUUGGAUUUUAUGCAUAUAUUGGUUUGGUUGGGUUUUGGUUUGGCUGGGUGUGUGGGUAGGUUGGUUGGUUCAUGGCGGCAAGUACUUAGACAGAUAUCGGAUUCCCACAAGUGGACAUUACAUACUUAUAUAUACAGGAGACAAAAACGUAUUUACGUACCCUUUUUGCUACGG